AUGAAAGUAAUUACUACUUACGUAAGUAGACAAAAAACGAGAUAGAGAAUAAUUUAUAACGAAAUGAGCAAUUUCGAAAACUAUACCCGUAAAUAUGAUCGUAAUGGAUUGAAAAUAAAUCAUUUAGGACUUUCCUCUUCACUACUUGAACUACUUUCAAACAAAAUUCGCAGAAAACCGCCAGAAUAAAAAAAAAUCGAUUGGAUUACUGUAGCUCACAGGAAAUGUGUGCGAACACCGACAGGUUUACGGAUGAUUUAUUUUAUUUGACGCGCACAUAUUUUUUUUUGUUUUGAGACAUUUUUCAGCAUUUUUUCGUUCUUUCUUUAGGUUUUGGAUCCACUGGCGUCGUCUUAGCGUACAAGCGAGCGGUUGACACGUCAUACACCCCCUUAGCUACGCUCGCUUGUACGCUUUAGACUACGCUGAGGUGUAAAUCUUAGCUACGCUUUUUUUUAUUUUCAAUUCGAAUUUUUUUCUCAUUUGCUUGCUUGAUUGGGUCUGAAUUUUAGGUUUAUUAUCAAUAUUGCAUAUCGAAUGCACUAAUUUCUGAAUUUUUCUAAGGAAUUGUAUAUAAAUAUAAUUUAUUGAAUAGUAGCACAAAAAAGACAGUAAAAUGAUAGAAUUAAAGGGGGGUAAGACGACAAAAUUUUUUUGUCGCAAAGUUGAAGGCUCCCCAAAAGUAGUAAAACCUCCAAGGGAUUUUUUCUGGAAACUCCCAGAAAAAAUGUUCCAUAAACUAGGUACCACGUCAAAAAAAUACACACAUUUUCAUACAUAGAUUGUGUUGGUAUUUUUAAGGAUUACGGCUUUCAGCCGCCAUUUGAUCUUCUUUUGAUAAUCUUAAAAACUGGUAGGUUUUCGAAUGUGCUGAACAACAUUAUCGAAGUUAGUAAAUUUGAUAUUUCACCCGGUGACAUGGUGAAAACUGUGAAGGUAGAUGAUCUCCCAAUCAUCAUCUUCACCCAGACUCAUUCAUAGGUAGACAUUUGUACAUGUAAGAUCUUUAUUGUACAUAAAUAUGCCAAAGGGCUGAAGUCUAUGGCCACAACAUAAAGAAUGAAUGUCUCUAGAGAGAGGGAGAGACACAUGGAUGCACGAGAGUGCACGAGUCUCUGCGUCUCUCUAGGAGGCAUCACAAAACGAACACUUUGAACACGUGUCAAACAAAUUUCGUGCUUUUUUCCAUAGAAAUUUUUAAAGAGCGCCGCAAAAUUGCAAAUUAUUAAAAUAACAGCGGGCGGAGUCAAAUAGCUUCAUGCGGUAAAAAAUUAGUCUGCAAUUUCACGUGAAUAAGAAAAAUGUUUGACUUUUCUGUGUUUUGACAAUUUGAAUUUCCAAACACCGCGCUGCAACAAAAUAUUAUCUAUUUUUUCUAUGUGGCGAUUAAAAUUUUUGAAAAUUACAGAGAACUUUGAUAAUUUCUUAUUAUUAGAUAGAUUUGCAUAAAAAUCAUUUUUUGAAACUGGCUUCCAGCCCCUAAAAUAUCGAUUUUUCAAAUUUUCCACGUCAUAACUCAUGUUAGGAGUUGAGUUCUGCAAUUUCAAUCGUGACCAGCGUGUUGAAAACUUCUAGAAAGCUUAUUAUCAAAUUAAAAAUCUAAAUAAUUUUGCAGGCUCAAGCACAAGAAUGUUUGAUUCAAAAAUCAUUUCUCGAUAGAAGUUCACCAAUUGUAAUUUGCAAACUCUACUAUUGCCUUCAUCAGACUUAUGAGGAAAUGCUAACUAUUUGUGAAGAUUGGAAUGUGAACAUUGCCGAAAGAAUUCAGCGAGUUUAUAUUGGAAUUUGUCGAAUCAAAAUGGAUCUAUAUGCACCCUUUGCCUUUUUAACGAUGGACGAUAAUGCGGCAAAUGAGACGAAAAAAAUGGGAUAUCGAUUGAAAUAUUAUAAUAUUUUGUUGAAAUAUAUGAAUAAUGUGUUGAACAUUGAGGGAUUGAUGGAAUAUCAUCCCGAAUUUUUGCCGAUUAUUACAUUUUGGAAUGAUAUUAUUACAGCAAAGUUGGUUUUGGGGAAGGGAGGGGGGAGAAAAUCGAGAAAUUAUCAUUUGAGUAACUGUGGAUAUAGAUCAAAAUUUGAAAACGUUUUAAUGUUUUCUGAAUGCUCAAUUUUUGUAGUGGCUGUACAAAAAAAUGAAAAAUUUUCAGACAAUCGAAUGCGGAGAAAAAGAACAUUUUCAUGUACCAUGAAAGAGUUCCGACAGAAGACGAAUUGAUUGAAGAAAUGAAAAAAGAUGGAGGAAUGUGUAAAACGAAAUUGCUAUCAUUUAAUCCAUUAGAUCGAUCUGUUUGUGGCGAUGAUAUAUUUGGAACACUUCUCCCACGGACUGUUUCGAAAUCUGUUAGUUUGCAGUUCAAUGUCAUAUCAGAGCUCAAAAAAGCUCAUCCGGAGCUUCAGAUUUUGAAUAAUACGAAGUUGAAUAAAAAAUUAGGGUCGAAUUUGCACAAUGUAAGUUUGCUAAAUGUUUUCUUUACAGGGUGCGUAAUAAUUACCCGGACAGAGGUUUAGCGCCAGCCCAAGCGAAAAUUGACGAACAUUUGAUAGAUUGUAUUUUUUAUUUGUUUUAUUAGGGUAUUUCGAAAAGCUGUGCGAAGUUUCAAGUCAAUCGACUAAUUCUGAGCUGGAUUACACAUCCUAGAAACUAGUAGAAAUUGUGCUCACUGACACGCGAUUCGGUAACAGCGUUUUCGGAUGUCAUUUUUUUCAUCAUGGAAGGUUUAUUCAAGUUAGAAAUUGAUUGGGGGCUCAUUAGAGACAUCCUAGAUGGCAAGGACAGAAGUCUACCUGUUCACCAUGACUCACACCCAGCUCUGAUGGUGAUUUUGAAAUUUCGUCCUUGGCUGGAAACUGUCAGUGGUUUUCGAUGUUCCAGGACCCCAAACCAAGAAUAAAAUUUACAUAAACGGAGUCCGUGAAUUCAAAUUGUCAUUAAAAACUGUUUUCAGCUUAGAAAACAAUCAUUCAAAGCUUUCCCAAGUCCUUUUGACCAAACACAGGUCAAAAUUUGAAAAAAUCACAUUCAAAAAGCAAUUUUUUCGAUAUGAUGAGGUGUAAGAAUUGAGAUAGUAUUAGUCAAGUUCGAACCGAAUAGACUAGUCCAUUUUCAAAUGGGGUAGAAAAAGGUUCUGGCGAAACCCUCAAAUCAAUUUUGAAGGCCUAGAUAAGGAUAUUCUGAAAAACUGGGACGAUUUGUCCGAAAAUGACCCGCGUGCAGCGACAGAGGUAGCCUCCGAACGUUUCCACGUUGGCAUUGCUCAGAAAAUCGACCAGAUCAAGGGAGAUCAGUUUUUAUAUUCUAGUUAGGGAACAAAUGAACUAAUUAUCGAGUGAUAUUGAGAAAACUCAUUCUCUUCUGGGAAUAUCACGAUUUUAAAGUUGUCCGGGUAAUUUUUACGCACCCUGUAAUUGCCAGUCAAUUUCAUUUAUUCAGACUGUUUGCAAUUUGUGGAAAAUCGAAGGCGAUGCGGAACUCAAAAGUUUUAAGCUCGAACUGUCGACCAAACACUUCAUCAGUGUUCAUUUGUGUAGAGAAUUCUCUAUACUUUUCAAUGAUGGCAGAAACAAGGAGAUCUUGUAUUGGCUCAAACAAUUUGAUGAUGAUACAACGAAGACAUUAAGAAAGUAAGUUUGAAACAAAACCACCUUUUUUUAUAACUAUUAUCAUUUAGAGGAUUGUUGCCAAAAAGGCGGAGAAGAAAAAGAAGAAUUAGCGAAAUUUGA